CAUCCUCAUCAGGCCAUCCAGGUAGUGAAUGAAAGACUGCUGACCUUGAACUCUGAUGAGACAUUGCUGUUCGAUGUGAUUCUGCUGUCCAAUGACAGCGAAGAAAAACACUCACGGAUCAUUGCCAGUGCAAAACAUUAUGGUCUUGAUAUUGGCAGAUUUUGCUUCUGCAACAAGGAGGAUUCCACUGAGAGCCUGCAAUCAAACAACGUGAAACUGUUCCUGUCAACGGAUACUAAUGAUGUGUGCAAGGCCUUACAAAAAGGUGUUCCAGCAGCCCUACUGUACCGCCAGACAGACCCACAUCAUCAGACAGAGGAUCAGCUCAAAGUGGUGUUCUCGGGAGACGUGAUUGGAUCCUCAGAGGAGAUGCUGCACGGCUUAAGAGAACAGGGCUUCACCGAGACCCAGCUGCAGGGCUUCAAAACUGCAAAGGGUUCCAUGAAAGAGUUUGCCAUAUUGAUGGGAGAGAUGAGGAGGAGGUUUGGGUUGGAGGGCAGCCCCCUCUGCACCGGCCUGAUGACAGUAUGGAGCUCCAGGGAUGUGUGUGCCAGCGCCCUGAAGACUCUACGAGGCUGGGGACUGCUUGUGGAUGAGGCCUUUUGCCUGGCCGGAGCCCCUCGUAGCCCCAUCCUUAACUUGGUACGGCCGCACAUCCUCUGCCUCGAUGGCCUGUAUCACAUGGAGGGGUUCACUGCAAUGUCGUGAUGGAUGGCAGACCGAUGGGAAGAAGAUGUAUGUUUGGGUAUUUUUCUGUUACAUUUUUGGAUGGAAGCUUUCUUGUAUGCUUGUUUUCUCGAGUUUUAUUUUACCUCACCAGCAUUUUUAUCAUUCAUACAACAGCUGCCACCUUCAGUAUGUCAAUGAACCAACUGCUUGAACAGAUUGUUGUGUAAAUAAAUAUUUAAAUAUUC